CUGAUAACAGCCUUGCUCUCAAGACAGCCCUGAUCAGCACAGAAAAGAUGGGUCCCUUAGCUGUCGCCGUGGUCAUCGCCAGCAUUUGUCUCUUCGCCGAGGCGCAACCCGAAUCUCCAUGUAGCCAUGUCAAAUCCAACGCGGAGUGGGUUCCCAACCCUGAGAACUGCCAAGGGUUUUACAUCUGCGCUUUUGGUCACCCCAUAGAACAGUAUUGUGGAGACGGUAUGGUUUGGCAACCUGUAAAAAAAGUCUGCUGUCUCAAAGGAUCAGAUCUGGAUACAUGCACCGUACGUAAAGAAUCCAUCCAACCGGUACCAAAAGAAUUUUCUGGAAAUAACGCUCAGGAAACUUGCCAGCCUGGAAUGACGACGAAGUUAACCCAUCGGAAGCACUGUGCCCGUUACUUUGACUGUGCUCAGAAUGGAACUGUCCGUGGUUUGGAUGAAGAACACGAGAGGGAGUGUCCUUACCCUGAAUUGUUCAAUAGCAAGACCGGACAAUGCGAGGACGUCGCCGACGUGGAAUGUGGUGACAGGAUCAGACCGAAAGAUGCAUGUGAAUACGAAAUGAACAAGUGCCAUCGUUCCCACUGCAUACCUUGCUGGGCGAGGUUUCCGUCCUGCUCAGGCCUGGAGGACGGUAAAAGAGUUUGGAAAGGCAGAGAGAAGUCACCUUUAUACGCUGUGUGUGAAAACGAGAGAGUGGUGAAACAUGGCAGGUGUCCCAAUGGACAUCUUUUCCAUCCCAACCUUCUCGAGUGUGCUGAUGCACAGACCGUCUUAGGAUCAUAAGACAAAACGAAAAGAAACGUUUGAAACCAGUAUUGCCUUAUCCAGCAUGUCUAGUCAUGCUAAUAAUUGACUUGCAAAGGACUAUGUCUACUUGAGGGAAUAUUUUCCCGAACUUUUUGUGAGAUAUCUCUUUAACUCUAGUCCCACAAGUUAUUCAGUGUGAACUCGUCAUUCAGUGUGCUCUGACGACAGUGCGAUUCCGCAUGUGACAAACUACGUCUGUGCAUAAAUAUGGUGCUCAAUUUACAAAGAUGUCCAUGUAUAUCUAUUGACAAAAUUAUGUAACUACUUUAAUUUGCUUCGAUGAUACUGUGUAAAGGUUAGAUUUAUUUUUUAUAAAACCAUUUUUUGCUGGUCGACGGAUUGUGAAGAUUUGAGUAAUAAAAGUUGUACUCUUGCGGACAUGUUAAUAAACGACAUUUUAGAUCUUG